AUGGUGAAGGAUUAUCAAAUGACAAAUAUUGUUGUGGGAAAUAACUUUGAAGAUAUGUUAUUGAGGGAAUUGAGAGAUCUUUUGCUGCUACAUGGAAAACUAAUCAAAAACUACGAUCUUCCAAUAUUGACAAUGGAAACAAAUGAAGUCGGGGGAGUGCCAACAAUUAUUCAAGAAGAGUUGUCGGUCCAAAUUCUAGAUGAAGACAUUCAAUCAGUUGAGAAGUUAAAUAAUGACCAGAUGAGUGCUUACAAUACAAUUAUGAACGCCAUCCACCAAAAACAAAGUCAAUUUUUUUUUGUUGAUGGUCCUGAAGGAACAGGUAAACCUUUCCUUUAUCGAACUAUAAUGGCAAAUUUGAGACGUAAUAGUCAAAUUGUCUUAGCAACAGCUUCCUCAGGUAUAGCUGCUACAUUAUUACCUGGUGGUAGAACUGCACACUCUCGAUUUGGGAUCCCCAUUGAUAUAGAGCCCAUUUCUAUUUGCAAAAUAACAAAUAAUUGUGACCUUGCAAAACUCAUUAGAAUAACCAAUGCAAUCAUUUGGGAUGAAGCACCCAUGAUAAAUAGAUAUUGUGUGGAAGCAUUAGAUCGAUCACUGCAAGAUAUUAUGAAUAUCAAUGCUCUAUUUGGUGGAAAAAUAAUGAUCAUGGGAGGAGAUUUUCGCCAGGUGCUUCCUGUUAUUGAAAAAGGAAGUAGAGGACAAAUGAUUUCAGCGUGUAUUGUUAGGUCUCAAUUAUGGGCCACCACAAAGAUCAUACACUUGCGCCAAAAUAUGCGAUCAAUUCAUGACCACGAGUUUGCAUAG